GUGCCACAAAGGCUCUUGAAACAGUUGGCAAGUAGUCGCCACCGGCGGCAAAGAGUCGCAGAUUUUGCCGACAUCCAGCCGAGUACUUGCCACCGCUUUCCCGCCGCCAUUUUCACUCGGCAAACCAGUGUAUUUGCCGGACUUAAUCUGUCUACUUGCCGUCGACGGCCCAUCCCAGGCCAUAGCAAGCUUUAAAUGGUAUUUAAGAUUUUGCUUCUGGCCACAUUCUUGCCAACUACGGCCCGACUCGAAUGAGAUACCAAAAUGCCCCAACUCUUACUUAAAGUAGAGGAAACUUAAAAACCUCCACACCGUCAACAUUCUGUCCAUCAAAUCAGUAUUUUGUCUUUAUUCCAUUAAACGUACUUUGUCAUGAUUAAAUUUGCAGUAGUUAUAUUUCCCGACGAAGAUAACGCCAUUGACGUUAUAUCGUCAUCUUGGAUUCUUCCGCCACUUAUUGCAAAUGGGGGGACCCAAGUGAAGAACUGCAGAUAUCCACCAUCAAAAGUUCGAGGUGCAAAACUAGCCAAACUUGUUUGCAAUCAUCAACCCCCAUCUUCGGAUUGGUUGGUCUGUUCUUGUCGAGUUUUGAAAGAGUAUGGUAAGCAGUUUGUUGCAAAAAAGUAUAUGGCAAAACUAAUUAUUUGCUGUUAUCUAUGUUAUUUUCUAGACAAUUAUUUGACCGCCCGUGAAGCAUCAAUUAGGGCGGAAGAAACUUCCAACUUGGAGCCAUCUUCCGUUGAGGAGGCAGAUUCUAGGCGAAUCCGAAAACGCAUACAAAACAAAGUAAAGCCGCCACCGUGUAAUUCCAAUAGCAACAAGCUUCAAAAAAUAAUUGCUGUAGCCGAAGAUUCUAGCGACGAAUCCAACACGUUGGAGGACGACAACCCGACAACUUUUUGCCUUGGAUUAGUUAGAGAAACAGCCGAUUUGGAAAGGGGCGGUUAUGAAGGUGCAGCUAAUGACAACACAUUAUUUGCACCACCUCAUGGACAAAUAGAAAUAUACCCAGGAGGAGGAGAUCAAAACACUUCCGCAACCCACCAGGCAGAGGAUGUCGAGUUUAAAAAUCAGUUCGUACAGUUUCUAGAGGAAAAUAGAAAAUUUCAAGAUGCGGUGAUUUCCAAGCUAGAAAUAAUUUCUAGUAAGUUGAAGCACAUUAAUCUUGGGACGACGUGUGCAAAAAAUAUUAAAUUGACUGGAGCCCCGCUACUGCCUUUAACCAGCAAGGAUGGUUUAGCUUCCCUCAUAACCUGGCUUGGUAUUGAUAAAAAUAGUGACCUAAUGAUCGAUUAUCUAAGUCUACACGGAGGAGAAAAUGUUUCUGCAGUAACCGGAAGCAUUCUUUCUGAAAUAUUUACGAACCAGUUCGCAACAGUAGUUAGCUUUACUGGACAAGGACAAAAAGCGGUUUGUGGCAUAAAGGACUCAAUAUUACCUAAAUUAAUCACAAAGUCGGUGCGGUCAAAUAAAGGCUUUAGCCAAGCAACAGAUUUCGAGGUGAAGCAGGCAAUAAUAAACUGGUUGAAGAACGCUGGUGACAGAGGUGGGGGUCGAGCAGCUCGUCGUCAACGUCAUUUGACAGGAUGAAUACAGUCACCCCGAGAACGGAAUUACGCCGCAGAAGAAAAGCAACAUCACGUAUAUUGCAAUUUAUUAGAAGUC